UUUUAAGAAUCUCCAUUGUACAGACACAUGAUUAGUUCAAAAUGGCGAACCUUGAUAUUAGACUAAAGAAAGUAAACAAAAUAUAUAAAGAAGGGGAUGUUAUAGCAGGAGUUGUUGUGGUGCAGAGCAAGGGUGAGCUUCAGCAUCAAGGAAUCACGCUGAUAAUGGAGGGAAUGGUCAACUUACAACUUAGUGCUAAAAGUGUUGGACUUUUUGAGGCUUUUUAUAAUUCCCUCAAGCCUAUUCAACUAUUAAACUACACAUUGGAGGUGGCAAAACCAGGAAAACUUCCUUCAGGAAAAACUGAAAUUCCUUUUGAAGUGCCCCUGAAACCAAAACCUGGCAAAACACUGUAUGAGACCUAUCAUGGGGUAUUUGUCAAUAUUCAGUAUUUAGUGAAAGUAGAAAUGAAAAGAUCACUCCUCAACAAAGAUUUACAGAAACAAACAGAAUUUAUAAUUGAGUACAAGAGCCAGGAAGAAAAAGCUAAGCCUAAGCUAGUAAACUUCACCAUUACUCCAGAAACUUUGACCAAUGUUAAGGAGAAACAAAAUGUCCCCAAGUUCAAAGUGAAAGGCCAUUUAGACUCUUCUUGUUUGCAGAUUACAAAACCACUCACUGGAGAGUUAACCGUUGAACAUUGUGAGGCUGCUAUAAAGUCUAUAGAGAUUCAGCUGGUCAGAGUGGAGACUUGUGGGUGUGCUGAAGGCUAUGCCAAAGAUGCCACUGAGAUUCAGAAUAUUCAAAUAGCUGAUGGCGAUGUAGCUAGAAGUAUGGCUAUUCCUAUCUACAUGGUGUUUCCACGCUUGUUUACAUGUCCAACUUUAUCUACCAAUAAUUUUAAAGUUGAUUUUGAAAUCAACAUUGUUGUUGUCUUUGCCGAUGACCAUUUGGUAACAGAAAACUUCCCUCUCAAGCUGACUAGGUUUUAGUGUACACAGAUCCCAAAUCCCAUGGCUAAGCUCAGAGUCCAGCUACUUGCUAAACUGAAGAGACACUCUAUGCAUUACAUCUGCUAAGAACAAACAGGAGUAAUUAUGGCAGAUCAAAAGAGAAUAUGUCUAAAAGUUAUGAGGUUCAUUUUUUUUUCUUUAAAAGAACUGCAUUUAUAAAUCAAAUGGCUUCAACAUGUGACACUUAAAAGACCUUCAGUUUUUCAUUAAUAAGGCUGUUGUUGUAAAUGGAAUGGUUAAAAAAUAAUGUCUUAAAGUUAACGAGCUUCAUUCGAUCAUUUAAAAAGCUACAUACUUUUGUCUUAAAUUAUGUAUAAAUGCAAUAUCAUAUGUUAUUGUUAGUUUUUUGGUCAUGAAGCUGAUGUGUGCUGUACAUUUAUGUCUAUUUAUUUCUUAGAGGAAUGUGUAUGAAUGUGAAGAAAAUAAGUUUACAGGGAGAUAAUUUCAAAUAUUGUAUAAUUAUUCACUGUGGCCUUACAAGGUCAGGUGCAAUUAGGUUCUCUCCCCACCCCACCCUUCCUCAUUGAAUAUAUACCAGAUGUACUCAAAGUGUUUCAGUUUAAUGUCACUCCAUCUCUGAUCAGGCUGUGUCACCCCCGUCUGGAAUGGCUUUACGCUUUUAAUAAAUUAAGAAAAAAAAAUUAAAUUGUUAACUCAACAAAAACUGAUAUUCUCAUUAAAGUUGGCUUUUUUCAUCUCUGUGACACCAUACCCUUCCCUAUCUUGUGACACUUGUGAUUAUUCCCCCUGAAUAUUAAGUCUUACGACACUUGUGAUUAUUUCCCCCUGAAUAAUAUUACUGAAUGAUCUGGAUGGCAAUGUUUUUAUUAUCUAUGUUGAGGCUUUGUAAAUAACUCACCAGUAUGUUGAAACUUAUGUUUAUAAAAUAAAAGAAAUAGAA